UGGUCUAAAACAGAGGCAGGCCCUCCUCCCUAUGUAAAUAUUUUGAAGGAAGGAAAAGAAUGAAGUUUGUUCUUAUUAAAACCUGUGUUUAAAUAUUCCCACCAAUCUAUUAAAUCUCUCUCACUAGAAAAUCAACUAUCAAUCCAAGAACAGUAAUCACUACAUGAUGUCAGGAGCAGGAGGAGCAUCACUGGAACUUGAUUUCUUCGGUAUGGAAAACAAAGGAUCAGGAGGAAAUUCAUCUUCCUCAUCAUCCCAAUCUCAGUUCCAGAAACUUCUUCAACAAAACAACACCAACGGUGUUCAAACUGCAAUCUCAAAAAUCAAUCCGCAGUUGUUGAAAACUGUAAUUGAUGGGAAAUCAACUGAGAACUUCCCUCCACUACCUGUUUAUAAUCCAAUCAGAAAUGGUUCUGAGAAUUUAACACCAGGAAUGGUUUCAACUCCUCUGACGAUUUUCUAUAAUGGAAAAGUCUGUGUUUUUGAUAUGCCUGCUGAUAAGGCGGAGAUGAUAAUGAGGAUCGCUGAAGAAGGAGCUGUUGCAAACAAAGCUUCUGCUGCUGUUGUUGAAUCGGUUGAUCCGAAACUCAGUGCUUCAACUUCAAGCCUUGAAAGAAAAGCAUUACUUGAGAAACUCAAUGGAGGAGAUUUGCCAAUCGCUAGAAAGAAGUCGUUGCAGAGAUUUCUUGAGAAGCGCAAGGAAAGGGGGAAAUCAUUUGAACAAAACUGCAGGUUGGUUACAGUGUCACCUUAUGCAAAUGGGUCUGAAGGUGUAGAGAACAAGAAGAUGAAAGAGUAAAAAUUUGAUGAUAGUGGUGGCGGCCGUGGUGCAAGUAUUAUCAAACUAUAUAUGAUAUAAAUAUGUAGGAGUAUAAGUAGAUAUAUCCGGUAGUUCAUACAUGUAAGUAUGAUUUGCCCUAAAUAUGUAUGUUGCUUUUAUGAUGAGUUUUACAUUCAUUAGUAAGUAAAUUAUUAGUAUGAUGAGGCUAAAAACCCUAUGUGAUGAACUAUGUGACCAUUGAAUUUCAUAUUUUUUCAAAAACAGAUUUGAUUAGUUAUGAUUUUCAUUUUGUAUUUCCGGGAGUGUUUCACUCUUAAUUAUGUUUAUAAUUUCUUUCUUGCUGUGA